AUGCGGUGUACCACCCUCCUGGCCCUGCUGAUUGGGGUCAUGCUGUACCUGGUGAUGGGAGCCCUCGUUUUUGGAACCCUGGAGCGUCCCGAGGAGAGUUUGGCGUACAAAAACCUUCUGGCUACCAAGGAUACCUUCCUCAAUAAUAACUCCUGUGUCACCGAGCUGGACUUCAACAAUCUUGUGAAGGGAGUGGUGUCUGCAGUGGAGUCAGGACUGAAUGUGAACAGCCUUUCUGCAAACUUCUCCACCCGCUGGGACCUGGCCUCAGCCUUCUUCUUCUGUGGUACCAUCAUUACCACAAUAGGUUUUGGCAACUUGUCUCCUCUGACGUGGUACGGCCAGUUGUUCUGUGUGUGCUACGCCCUGGUGGGGAUCCCCAUGUUUGGCAUACUGCUGGCUGGAGUAGGUGACCACAUGGGCACAGUGCUGCGGAGAGCUGUGGCAAAGAUUGAGACCCUCUUCCUGAAGCGUAAGGUCCGGCCUACCACAGUGCGUGUGAUCUCAGCGGUUCUCUCCAUCCUGAUUGGUUGUCUGAUCUUCCUCGCCGUGCCAACAAUUGUGUUUCAGAGAGUGGAGGACUGGUCGUUUCUGGAGUCGCUCUACUUUGUGGUCAUCACUCUCACAACUGUUGGCUUUGGAGACUACGUACCGGGUGGUCGUGAUGACGGCUGGUUCUUCAAGCCUCUGGUGUGGUUGUGGAUAGUGUUUGGUCUUGCCUACUUUGCGUCCAUCCUCACCAUGAUAGGUAACUGGCUGAAGGUGCUGUCUAAGAGGACCCGCGCUGAGAUGGAGGAGUUAAGGGCCCACGCUACAGACUGGACUCAGAAUAUUCAGAACAUGUCCAUGGACUUUCGCAUUCCAAACCCUCUGGAGUUCAACGACCCUUUCCUCCUGCAGCGCCGGCGCUGGAAACGCAGCGAGCGUCGCCGCAUCCGACGGGGAGCCCAGGCCACUCUGGGAUACUUGGCUCGAGGAGGAUCUGAGAAUGGACACCUGCCGAACCGCUGGCCCGUCCUCUCCAUCUCCAUGAGCCAGCUGGAGGCCCAUUCGUCUCUUGAGAGGGCAUUGGUGGCCAAGUCCAAGCAACGGGUCAGCGCCACCGGAGGAGGAACGGUCCCGAGAGUGGUGCCUGCAUUGAGAGUCGACCCGGCUGUCUGUCUGCAGGUGGAGGGCAGGUCGUUUCCUCCCAUGCUGGCUCGCUCAUUCUCCCUCCCCGUGGCCCGCUCCACCUUAGAGCUGGACUCAGCAGGUACAGUCCUGCAGGAAGGAUCCCUCUCUGGAUCUGAGUCUCCUUUUGACUCCAGGUCAGAUGUUUCCUCAGGCUCCUCGUCCUUCUUGGAGCUCCACAAGUUACCGCCCUUCUGUACAGUCAGCAACAUGGAGGAGGGAGGAGCGAGAGCCGCAGACAUGAACACAGCACAAGAGAAAGACAAACUGAUUCCACCAGAGAAAUGUGUAUCUUUUGCCAAAAACACCCACAGACACACGCCUGCUCCUGGUUUGUGCCCUCGCUUCUCCCCUCUUCCUCCUUCUCGCCAUCCAAUCCACCUUCCCUCCCCUCCACUCCACGCCGCUUCCUCACCCAGCUGCCAGCUGCUGGAUUUUUUCGGAGAGAAUCUGGCGUACAUUGACGAGUCCUCGGACACGCUGAGCGACCGCGGCCAGCCAGGAGCAAGCGAGGAGAGGAGGAGACGGCCACGAAAGCCGAAGAGGAGGAGCAUGAGGAGGCAGCUCUCACACAAGUGGAGCCCCUUGCAGGUUAGGAAGCCCAUGAGUGAUAUGCAGCCACCGUCAAAUCCCCCCACACCACCUCCAGAGUCCUCUCUUUCAGACGUGCCUCGAUCAGAGAACCAGUCAGGUUCAGCUCCGACACUCUGA